ACUUAUCGUGCAUUAAUACUGUUAAGAGAUUAUUUCUAUUCAUUCAAACGGUUAACUCACAAGCCUACGACAAUAAUUUUAUCAGUUAUACCAAUUUCAAACAUAUAAAAUAUGAUGGUAAAAGAAUAUGUUUGAACCAUUCCUAGGUAGGGGUAAAGGUAAUAAUAAUUAAUAAUAAUGCAAGUUGAACAUGACAUGGUCAGAAGCACAUGGCUUGAAAUCUUAAAAUUAAAUUUUCUUACCUAAUAUUUGGCUGGCUGAACAAAAGAUUGUUGGGGUUAUUUAGUUGCAAAAGAAGUAUUUUGAAAUUAAGACAAUUUUCUUAUUUAUCUAAAUGUUAGUGAACGUAAUUACUUGAUACUUAUUAUUUAUCUAAACUUUAAUAGACAAAGUUACUCAAUACAUAUAGUGAUAAAAGAUAUUAGUAUGGAUUGUAUCUACGUUAUUAAAUUGGCACAAUAUAUAAAUAUAUCGUUUAAACUUGUCUUUAAUUGAUAUUCAUGCCCUCCAACUUUAAAUAUAUUUGUCGUAGGUAUAGAGCUAAUCAAAAUCGAACCGAAAUUGAUAAUCCAAACUGAAUUUUUUUACUGAUUUAUCGAUAAUGAGUUAUUGAUUUAGCGAUUUUGAUUACAGUUUUUAAUUUUUUUAUCGGAUUAUCGAUUUUUAACAGUUAAAAAAAAUUUCUUAACAGGUUAACCGAGAGUAAAUUAAAUAAUUACAUUUAUACAUUUGGUAUAUAAAGUCAUUGACUUAGAGUUUAGUUUCGUACUUUUAUUUUAAAUUGUCUCAAACUUUCGAUAAUCUACAAUGUGAAAAUGUUUGUUUUUGAGCAAGAUGCAUUCUGACAUCUUUGGUUUGUCACCUUAUUUUUUGAUUUUCAAUAAAAAAAAAUUGUGUCAAAUCUCAACGAUCAGACCGAUAACUGAAUCCAUAACGACCAAUAACCGAGAAUUCAAGCACAAAAGUUCGUAUACAAAACCGCCAAACGAAUUCCAAAUUGGUUUCAGAUUCAUAUAAUUCAGCAUUUUUAGAAUUUGGAUUUAGAUAUAUUUGUUUGUUUUUUGGUAUUUAAUCUUAGUGUUUUUGGUCCUGGUUUGAAUCCUUGUUUUCGAAAUUAUUGCUCGUUGGAAUAAUAAUUCAAAGUUGAAGUAAAAAUCCUAUGUUAUUUAGGAUUUGUGAUUUUUUUCGUAUUUAAUUAAUUAAUGUAUUUUUAGGAUUUGUUUGUGCUAAUUCAUAUAGGAAUAUGUUUUCUAAUCCCAGUUUAAUUUGAUAAAUAGAUAUGUUACAGAAACAUAACAACUUUGAAGUAAGAUUCAACUAACUUUAAAGUUUAUAAAUAAAAUAUUUUUCUUCAUCGCCUUUUUGGGGUCUUAGUAGCUGUAGAAUUUCUGGGUUGUUUUAACUAUCUGUUGCUGGAAUUUUGUAAAGAAAAAUGCAAGAAAAGGGAUUGAAUAUAAGUAGGGGUUCGAGACGAAUGCAGAUUAUUACAGGCGGUUAUAUGGAUGAUCGAGGUUGGACUCUACUUCAUAUUGUUGCUCGAAAAGGUGACCUGAAAGAGGUCAAGAGACUUCUUAAUGAAGGCAUGGAUGCAAAUGUGACUGCUGGGGGACGGGGACCUAAGUCACUUGGUGUGACUCCACUUCAUCUAGCUGCUAAGGGUGGUCAUGUUCGAGUUAUGGAUGCAUUGCUCGAGAGAGGUGCUGAUAUUGAUGCAAGAACCAGAGGUGUAUGUGGAUGGACUCCACUUCAUCAUGCAGCUAAAGAAAGAAAGAAGAAAGCAAUCAGAUUCUUGAUCAGAAAUGGUGCAUUUUUGCCAGAUGAAAUCCAUGAUAUCAGGUUCAAUCCUCCACUUCACUAUUGUCCUGGUCUCGAAUGGGCUUACGAGGAGAUGAAACUGCUGCAACUAGAGAGUUCAUCCUCUAACAGCUCAGGAAACUGAGGAUGCAACAACACUUCUCGAAGCAUGUGUUCCAUGAGGAAGAAACGUUUUACAAGCAUAGACAUGAUCUAGAUUUCACCAUUCAUAAUCAACUUCGUCACAUCUAGAAUUGUCACCAGUAAACUCCACAGUUACAGUCUCGAUAUAAUAUGGAUCGUCUCUUCUAUCCUUAUCUACUUAAAUACGAUUUUUUUGUCAAGUUGAAACAAUUUUUUGUGCAUAUAACACACUUUUAUUAAUACUUGGGAAGUGUAUGAGUUACAAAACAUACUUACCUACAUUAUUUCAUCAGCAAUAUUCAACAGCAGAUAUAUAUAGAAUAUAAAGACCUAAUAAUAUAGCAGUCAAGAAAACAAAGAAAUUUAAAAAUUUAAUUACAAAAUAAACCAAAAAAA